CUGGAGAAAACUGUGACGUCGUCUGAAACACAAACACUUAGAAAUAUAAAAGUGAUUCAAGUAUAAAAGUAUUUAUGAAACACUUAUAAAUAUAAAAGUACUAAAGUAUUAAAGUAUUUAUGAAACUGCUUUAAAUAUAAACGUAUUAAAGUUUUUCUGUUCCUCAGGUAACAGCUUUUUUUUUCACAUCUGCAGCUGUGUUUUGUUUGUUCCUGUUUCGCUGCAGCUCGAAAUAAAAGUUUUACUUCUCUCCUCAAACACAAGAGCAGCCUGUACUACUACUACUGCAAGUACUAGAGGUACUACAAGUACUACAACUGCUGCUGCUGAGUACUGCUGUUGAGAUGUUGCUGCUCCCUCUAGUGGUCGCUCUGCUCCUUCACACUCCCCUCACAGCCCAGUGGGACUACAAAGAUGGCGGACAGGACUACAAAGAUGAACUGGACUACAAAAAUCUCGGACAGGACUACAAAGAUGGCGGCUCGUGCUGUGGGUGGAAGUGCAUGUUGUUCACGCUGCAGUGGCCCGGGAGCUUCUGUCAGAUUUUAUACAACGAAACUCUGUGUAAAAUCCCCCCAAACGUGAACAACUGGACCAUCCACGGACUCUGGUCUAAACACGGUGUUUGUGCUUCGUGUGUGGAGGAGCUCAGAUCUCCUCAGAAAUACUUCAGAACCUGUCUCCAGCUCCGAGAGCGAUUCAACGUCCACAGUCUUUUGGAGCGAGAAGGAAUCACACCAUCAAACAACAAAACCUACGAGGUGGAUCAGAUCCGUGAGGUGGUGGCUCCUCUGUUUGGAGAUCAUCAUGAGAUUCAGUGUUUUCAAGACAAAAAGGGUCGGGAGCUUUGGUUCCAGAUGAAGGUUUCUCUGUCUCCAAACGGGACCUCGGGCUGCAGCCCCUCGGACCUCAACUGGGCCCCCGAGCCGCCUUUGACCCACCCCUGCCCCCCCGACACCCCGCUCUACUACCCCCCCAUCGAACACGGACCCUGAACCCGGACCAGGACCAAGACCAGGACCAAGACCA